AUGCUGGAACAGGAAGGCUUGACCGAAAUAACUCACAGUAACGCCAGCGAACAGAUUGCUUAUUUACUGGUGGAAAGAACGACCCUGCUGGAGAAACUGGAGAUGGCAGAUCAGAAGUGGAAUUCCCACAGCAACGGAGAGGGACUAUGUGUGCCACUGCUUCAGUGGCUUCCGCGAGCUCACCUGCUUUCUGGUUGUGUCGCCACCCUCGUGCUGGCGGCUCUUGUGUUUCAGUCCUACAGGGAAGAGCUGGAGAGGGAGCAAUCAUCACGUGCAAGAGUUGAACAAGAUCUGGAUGAGGCCACACGGAGGCUGAUGAUGGCUCAGGAAGAGAUCCGGAGGUUGAUGGAAGAGCUGGAUGCGCAAAGAAAGGUGCAGAGCGAAAUGGAUUUGGCCUCCUGCUCAGCCCUGCGAGCGCCUGACAGCCGGGAAGAAGGGGUGAACGAAUGGAGAGAGAGCGGCAGGACUGAGCUACCGGAGGCCAUGGAGCACAACAGCAGGCUGGACAAGGAAAUCCAGGCGCUGCGAGCACGGGUCCAAACGCUCGAUUUGGAAAGAAAAGCCUUCCUGGAUCUGGUUGAGCAGCUCAAAGAGGAGAUCUGUGAGUAUCAGAAGAGCGAGAAGCAAGGGCUGCCACUGCCUGCGCCAGCCGAGAUGGAAGAAGUCGCGGCAUCCUCGCUGCAGGGCACAAAGGAUGAAGGAGACUCUGUUGCAGGCAAAGUGGGCUCAGAUCAAGAAGACGGAUACCAGGGUAGUGAAACGCUUCAUAAAAGGUGCCGAGAGGUGAUUGAAAACAUCGAGGGCAGGAAUUCCCAGCUCCUUCACAAGCUGCAGAAACUGGAGCAGGAGCACGAGGAUUUGGUUGAGCGCAACGAAGAGCUGGAAUCGAUUCUGGGAGAGACACAGAUCCAAACCAAGCAGGAGAAGGAGCAGUUUGAGAGUGAAAUGGAGGGACUUCACCGGAAAAUCACGAGCUUAGAAACAGAGUUACUUGAAGUGCAGAAGAGCAAAGCUGAGGUGAGCGGGGAAGAGCAGGCAGCGUCCGGAACACAAGAGAUGCAAGAGAUGCUGGAAAGCUGUCAGGAAACGAUAGAAAAGUUGGGAAGUCAGCUGGGAGAGCGGAGGGAGUGGAGAAAGCAACUUGCGUCUGAGCUUGAACUGUUACGAGAAGAUCUGAAGGCCGAGAAGAAGGUAUUGGGCAGCCAGCACUCUGAAGGGGCCUUGAACCAGCUGAAACAAGAAAGAGACCAGAUUAACAAACUUGAGCAGAAACAUGAAGACCUAUGUACAGAUGAAAAGACACGUGAAGAACAAAUGGCUAAAGUAGUGGUUUUGGAAGAACAGAUCAAAAACUUGAGAGAUGAACAAGAACUGCUCUGUUCCAAAUUACUAGAAAGCAGCAAGAAGAGGGAGGAGCUAGAAAAGCAGCUAAAAGAGAGCAAUGAAGAAAAACGCUUGUUACUGGAAGAAAUUGCCCAGCUAAAACAAGACAUCCUGACUUCCCGGGAGCAGGGCGACAGCACGCUCGAAGAGACUUUGAGAAUGAAUCCAGGCCUGGCGCAUAGAGAGAGCAGGUUUCUCGUGUCGCAGAGCUCUGCAGGCAGUUUAGAUGGGAGCAUGAAACAGAGUCUGUCUGAUGAGAGAUUCCAGCAGCAGGAGGAAAAACUGCAGCAGCUGCGGCAGGACUUGCGUCGCGUCCAGAACUUGUGCAAUUCAGCCGAGAGGGAGCUGAGAUACGAAAGGGAGAAGAAUGUCGACUUGCAAAAGCAAAACCUCUUGCUCCAACAAGAAUGCACCAGGGUCAAAGCUGAGCUGAAGCAAGCCAGGGCAAAACUUUUGGACACAACGGAAACGUGCUCCUCGCUCUCAGCACAAUGGGAAAAAAGCCAGCAGAAGGUCAAAGAACUUGAACAAGAGCUGUUGAAGUGCUCCCAGGCUGAUAAACAGCAGAGCAGCCUGCAAGAGAAACUUGUACAGGAGAAAUCCAAACUAUCUGAAGCACAAAAAAAGAUUUCAAAGCUCCAGCAAAAGCUAAAAGAUUCACAGCACCAGCUCCUGCUGGCAGAGGCCCGUGUCUCAGACAAGAAAAUGCUGGAAGAGGAACUGAAGGAGACCCAAGAAAAUAAAACUCGUGUGCAGCAAGAACUUCACGAGGAGCAGGUGAAAAGGAAGCUCCUGGAGCAGCAGGUGGAGGAGCUGCGGCAGCAGGUUCUGGAGACAGAGGCGCUGCUGUCCAAGACACACGUGGAGCUGCAGGCCAAGACUCUGCAUGUCCUUGAAGAGGAGAGGAAAACUGAUACGAGUGAGCACUUCCAGUAUCAGAAGGAGAACCAGAGGCUCUCAGAGCAGCUUUCAGUGCUGAAGGAGGAAAACAAAGCCCUUUACGAGGAAGGAGUCCGUCUCCUGAACCAGAAGGAUCUGUGUGUCAGGAAAUACGACAAAAUGCAACUCCGCCACAAAGAGAAAAUCCGCAGAGCCAAGGAGGCCUUUAUCCAUGAAGUGAAACAAAGGGACAGCAGGAUUAAGCAGCUUGAAAAUGAGCUCAGCGAGUCAAAGCUGCAGGUGGAAAAGGGGAAGGAGCUGAUUGCCCAGAUCACUGCUGAGAAUGAGAAACUGCUCCAGGAGAGAAGACGGCUCCUGCAGAAGAUCUCUGACCUAGAGGAGACCUCUUGGUGCAAACGGCCUACGACAAUUCCCCUGCAGAGCAGAGGGAAGAUCCCAGAUGAGGAGAGCGUGCGGCUGCACGAGAGCAAACUCCAGCUCUUUGGCCACAUGCCCGCCUUGCAGCGCGCGCCGAGGAGCAUCCACGCUCCCGACACAGAG